UGUUGUUUUACUGCGCCCUCUUCGUUAUGUGCGUGCGGUGUUCUCUUUUUCCGGCUAUUCGGCCGCUGCACUCAUCCCGAUUCUAACAGGUGCGUGAGCUGCCGUCACGGCUGCGUAGUGUGCUUGAAGCGCGCGCGCGCUCAACAUUUUUUUUUUUUUGUAUUAUUCGUAACGCCUAACCUGUUGUAUCGUCCCAUGAUGUCUCUGUUGAGCGCCCCGACAUUGGCAGACCUGUGGGUUCCAGCAGCAGUCAUGGUGCUUGGCGGUUUAAUAGCGGGCAUUAGCAGGAAGUUGUCGCUGCUCGCGAACUUGCGUUUCAAGGUCGACAAAUCGUCACUACGGAAUGGCGGUGACUUGGUAGCCGACGUGCUUAAGGCACAUGAUGUCAAGUUUUUGUUCUGCCUCAGUGGUGGUCACAUUUCACCCAUCUUGGUGGCGGCAGAACGUGAAGGCAUUCGUGUUGUGGACACUAGGCAUGAGGUGAAUGCAGUCUUUGCAGCUGAUGCGGUGGCGAGGCUUACUGGAAAGAUCGGGGUAGCCGCUGUCACAGCUGGACCAGGUCUGACGAACACUGUUACUGCGAUCAAGAAUGCUCAGAUGGCCGAGUCGCCUGUGCUCUUGCUUGGCGGUGCAGCUGCCACAGCUGUCAAGGGGCGAGGUGCUCUUCAAGACAUUGAUCAGCUGUCGCUAUUCAAGUCGCUGUGCAAGUUUACGGCGACGGUCACUACAGUAAGAGACAUUGUUCCUACGCUGCGAACAGCACUGCAGAAGGCGCAGUCUGACACACCAGGCCCUGUGUUUGUGGAGCUCCCAAUUGAUGUCCUCUACCCGUACGGAAUAGUGCAGUCUGAAGUUGGCUUCAAAGAACGGCCGGGCAGCCUUGGACAGAAGCUAGUUAAACUAUACCUGGAUUACUACAUGCACAACCUCUUUGCUGGUGCCUUCCAGUCCCGUGACGUUUCGCCUCUUCCUGUCUCCAUUCCCUUGGCUAGACCAUCUGAAGUCCAGCAGUGUGCAGAGAUCAUCUCGCGCGCCAAGCGACCCGUCUGUAUCGUGGGCAGCCAGGCGACGUUACCUCCCUUAGCUGUGCAGGAAAUGAGGGCAGCACUCGAGAAACUGGGCAUUCCUUGCUUCCUUGGAGGCAUGGCUCGUGGCCUGCUGGGUCGCCACAGCGAGCUGCAGAUGCGCCACUGCCGAAGGGAUGCCCUGGCACAGGCUGACGUGGUCAUCCUAGCAGGCUCGGUGUGCGACUUUCGCCUAUCGUACGGCCGUGUACUGAGCCGCAAGUCAAAGAUCAUUGCCGUAAAUCGAAGCAGGUCACAGCUUUACAAGAACUCUGAUGCAUUUUGGAAGCCAACGGUGGCUGUUGAAGCCGAUGUUGGAUCAUUCCUGCAAUCUUUGACUCAAGCCCUGCCAGACUACAAGUGCGAUCCAUCAUGGAUUCAAACGCUACGAAACAUGGACAAUGCUAAAGAAGAAAAGAACAAAGCGAUGGUGGACGCACCAGCUGACAAGCAUUUGAACCCUCUGAAGGUUCUCAGCGAACUGGAAGCAUCUUUACCAGAUGACACCAUCCUGGUUGCUGACGGCGGUGACUUUGUGGGAACUGCAGCCUACAUCCUCAGGCCAAGUGGGCCAUUGAGAUGGCUAGAUCCCGGCGCCUUCGGAACGCUGGGUGUUGGCGGGGGCUUUGCCUUGGGUGCAAAGCUGUGCCAUCCCGAAUCCCUGGUGGUGAUUAUAUAUGGAGAUGGGUCUCUUGGUUACUCCAUGCUGGAGUUUGACACCUUCGUCAGGCACAAGAUUCCGGUCAUGGCCGUUGUUGGCAACGAUGCGUGUUGGAUGCAGAUCUCUAGGGAGCAGGUCAAAAUGUUCAAAAGCAACGUUGCGUGUGGGCUGAGUUACACCGACUACCACAAGUCAGCCGAGGGCCUGGGUGCGAAGGGCAUGCUAGUGUCGUUGCCCGACAAGGACCGGCUGGCUGAAAUCUUCAAGGAGGCACAGAGGCUGAAUGGAGAGGGCCACAGUGUGCUCAUUAACUGCCUCAUUGGCAAGACCUCCUUCCGUGAAGGAAGCAUUUCGGUGUGAUGUCGAACGGACGUAUUUUGCGGUGACGGUGCAGCUGCUCACCCGUGAUCCAGCUUGGUGCAUUGACAUUAUCUGGUGCAAUAACCGUACGGUGUGUAGUGGGUCCACUUGAUUUGAUCAUGCCCCGCUAUUCGUUUUAACAGGGCAGCAGGAGAAAGGUCAGCAUGGUGGCAUUCGGCCUACCAUGUUGGUGGCUUUUAGGAUGUGGCAUUGCGCUGCCAAUCCGGAAUGUGUGGGUUCAAUUCCUGGAUACGGCUACCACGUUUAAGUGAUGAGGUCAAAA